CGUCGAUCUUUGAUAACGAGAGUACCGAAAGUAGUAAUACAAAUAUAAUUUUUGUUAUUACAAACAACACAAAUACAAAGGAAGUCCAACUACAAGUCAUACAGUGAGAAGUAAUUUCAAAUUUGAAUAUGCCCGAAGAAGAAGUUCCUACAAUCGGUAUUAUUUAUCCGCCACCCGAAGUAAGGAGUAUCCUUUAUCGACUGAAAUAAUUAUUACCUACAUUUAUAAUAUUUUUACAGCAAAAUUAUCUUUUAGUAAGAUACUUCUAAUUUAUUUAUUUAAUUGUUUUAGUUCCCUAUUAUUUAAUGUAAGAUUGAACAUUUUAUUUUAGAUUUUACCUGUCGACUUCUUGAAAUAUCACUUGUAAAUUUAAAUUUGAACCUGGGUUACUUACUCUUCAUCCAAUUAUUCUACCAUUAAACAGUGGAUAUUUAUAUUGUAUUACUUAUUUCUAAUUUGUUAAUGGAUGCUUAGUCCUGUCUUGUAUUCGAUUUGUGUUAAUAAUUUCUUAACUACCACUUAAUAAAGAUAUUGUUGAUAAAACUGCUAGUUUUGUAGCAAGAAAUGGACCAGAAUUUGAGUCACGUAUUCGUCAAAAUGAAUUGGGAAAUCCCAAAUUCAAUUUUCUUACCCAAGGUGAUCCCUACCAUGCAUACUAUGUACACAAAGUCAAAGACCUUAGAGAAAAAGCCGGUAAGUGUUUCUAAUUGUUUUCAUGCCUAGUAGGUACUUAUUAACUAUUAUUAUUUAGCGCAAGAACCAACUUUACCACCAAAAGAAACGAAAAGUGUAUCAACAGCUACUCAGCUUAAACAACAAGAACUCCUGAAACAAGUACAGGAAGCAAUAUUUAUACCAAAAGAUCCGCCAGAAGAAUUUGAAUUUGUUGCUGAUCCUCCAUCAAUAUCAGCUGUAGACUUGUAAGUAGUUCUAUCAAAUUAAAACUUAAACUAAGUAUCAUGAUGUAAGCUUUUUGCUCAUUGUUCAAAAUAUUUAAGAUAGGUAUUUUAAGUGCAGAUAUGUAUCCUAUUUAAAAUCAGCUAAUAAUUUUUUUAAAUUUCAGAGACAUAGUAAAACUCACAGCAUUAUUUGUUGCUCGUAAUGGCAGACAGUUUUUAACCAAUCUCAUGGCUAGGGAGCAACGUAACUUUCAAUUUGAUUUUUUACGCCCACAACAUUCGUUAUUUCAAUAUUUUACUAAACUCCUUGAACAGUAUACCAAAGUGCUGAUACCUCCUAAAGAUCUCAUGAAAUCGCUAAAAGAAGAAAGUUUUGACAAACAAAAAAUUUUGGAUGAUGUCAAAUAUCGUUCUGAAUGGCAAAAACAUCAAGAUGCUUUACGUAGAAAAGAAGAACAGCUUAUAGAAAAAGAAAGAUGUAAGUUUUCAUUGAAAUCUAAUAGGAACUUAGCGUCCAAUUUUUUUUGCUUGGAGAUUAACUAAAUCGAUUAACAAUUACUCAGAUAGUUUUGUUAAAAAGUUUUCUUUUUUAUAAAUGCGUAAAAUAAUUAAUUUUUUAAUUUUAAAAUAUUAGAUUAUUUUUAACAAUGGAAGUAUUCAAGUAAAAUCUGUUUGUUUUGCUUAAUUACAUAGCUUGCCAAUGUGUAAAAAAAAAAAAAAAAAAGUGCCUUCUGUUAAUAAUGUAUUAAUUUAUUUUUUAGUGGCUUAUGCUCAGAUUGAUUGGCAUGAUUUUGUUGUUGUUGAAACUGUGGACUUUCAAUAUGGUGAAAUUGGUAAUUUCCCUCCGCCAACUACACCUGAUCAAGUUGGUGUACGUACAUUAAUGCAAGAACGGGUUGAUAAUGGAGAAGAAACAAUUGAAAUGAGUGAUGCAGAAGAAGACAUGCAAGUAGAUAGUGAUGAUGAAAUGGAAAAACGAGUUGGUGGUCGAAUGUAUGCACCAGAAAGUGAACUAAGGGUACCUGGUGAAGAAAAAUCUAGUAGAGACAACAAUCAAGUAUGCUUUGAAAUUUAUAUUUAUAAUUUAUGCAAUUUUUAUUUGUAUAUUAAUUUACAAAAACUAAAAAUAGGUUCAAGAUAUGGAUGAAUCGUCCAGUGAUGAAGAUGGUGAUUUACCACCAGGCGUUUCAAAAACUGAAAAUCGUUCAAACCAAAUGACUCAACCACCAGUUCCAGAAAAAGUUAUAGUCAAAAAAGGAUAUAAUCCAAAACAAAGUAAAAUUAAGUUUUUUUAAUAACUGCAUAUUAAAUACUUAUCUAAUUCAAUCAUUAUUUGAAUGUGUUAUUAAUAGUUGUUCGAGCACCAGUUAAAGCACCUCCUGAAGAAUAUUUAAUAUCUCCAAUCACUGGUGAAAAGAUACCAGCAAGUAAAGUCCAAGAACAUAUGAGAAUUGGAUUGUUGGAUCCACGUUGGGUAGAACAACGAGAUAAACACAUCAGCGAUAAAAUGAACCAAGAAUCUGUAUAUGCUCCUGGUAACAUAUUUUUAAGAAAUAUUUUAUUAUCUAAUAUAUAUAUUUAUGUAAAAUAUUUGAUUGCAAUAUUUUUACAUUCUGGUAAAUUCAAUUGGAAAUCUUACUUCAAUCAAUAAAUGACAAGGGUACUUAUUUUGCAUUUUGGAUCUAGUUGAAACAUUAGGAAAGUCGUUUUUUGAUUUUCAGAGUAGUUUUCUUUAAUAAUUAAUUAGGAAAAAACUGACAAAUUUCAUUAUUUUCAAUUUUUUUUUUUCUAUCAGAAAGUUUAGAAAAUGUUUUGAAUGAGUGUCUUUUUUUAAAAAGAAAACAAUUUUGUUUAGUAAGAGGUUGUAUGUUUAUAUUCAUGUAGUUUUCUUAAUAAUUAGGAAAAUAUAAGAAAAAGUGAAAGUUUGCAGAAAUAACUGUUUCAUUAUUUUCGAUUUUACUUUUACUUUGUAAUUUGGUAAUAAAUAAUUGUAGAGACAUGCCAUUUUCACAGGACACUUUUAUUGGACAUUUCCAGAUGAUAAAAUGUUCAAACAAUUUUUUAGUUUUCUUAGUUUUUUAUGUGGAAAAAAUGUAUUUGCUGAAAAAAACAACGCUUAUAACUGAAAUAAGAAAUUCAUUAUAAGCUAGUUGGACUAAACAGUCAGUGAAAAAGUUGAUUUAAUUUUGGUUUUUUUUUUAAUCAUUCUAAGUAAAUUUUAACAAAAAUAAGAAUUACGGAAUUUAAAACAUUUACAACCAAACUUUAUCCAGUAUCAUGUUUUGUAAGUAAUGAUGUGUAGUUGCGUACAGAUAAAAUUUAAAUAAUUUUUUGUUUCCUACCUUUCCAACCUCUCACCUAUACAAAUUGUAUGCAAUUUCUUUCCUUAUUUAACUAAUAUUCAUGUAUAGGAGCUGCUAUUGAGGCAAGUUUGAAACAAUUGGCUGAACGUCGUACUGAUAUUUUCGGUGUUGGAGUUGAAGAAACUGCUAUUGGUAAAAAAAUUGGAGAAGAAGAAACUAGAAAAGAUGAUAAGGUAAGUUAUGUAAAAGAAAAUUUAGAACUACUUAAAUAAUAUCUAAUUUGAUUUUAUUAGGCUACUUGGGAUGGUCACACAUCUAGUGUGGAAGCUGCGACUCGUGCAGCCCGAGCUAAUAUAACCCUAGAAGAUCAAAUUCAUCAAAUACAUAAAGUGAAAGGUUUAAUCCAUGAUGACGAAAAGGAAAAAAUUGGCCCAAAACCUGUUACUGGUACAGUAACUAUUUCUCAUCCACCGACUUCCCAGGCGGUUUCUGUUCAAAUGUCUAUGGCUAAUAAUAUGCAAAAUGCAAUGAUGCAACCACACGCGCCUCCUAAUAUGAUGCAAUCGCAACCUAUGAUGAUUGUUCAGCAGCAACAACAAAUGAUUGGUGAGUUAAUUAUUAUGUCUAACAUCUCAUAUUAAUACGUUAACUGCUACGCCUAUUUCAGUGUAUUAUCCACUGAGGUCACAAUAUUUUUUUAAAACUAUUAACUUAUUUCUUUUAUGAUUAUUAGUCAUAAAUCUAUCUUAAAACCAUUUUAUGCGUUGAUUCACCUGUAGAAUGUGAGGGAUCAUGAAGUCCUUCAGUAGUGCAAAAUAUGUGAAUCGCAUAUUUCUUGCUUUUAAGGGGUGUUUUGACCCCUCAACUAAAUUAAAGAUAUAAAUCAUGAAAAUCUGUAUUUCACUAGUAAAGUUAAAAAUAUUUAAAUCCAUUCAUAAAAAAUUAGAUGUUAUUAGUAAAAUAAUUUUAUCUAUAAUGAAAUAUAAAAUAAAUAUCUGCAUUUUAAUUAGUAAGACAUGUUGUAAUAUAACAUAACAAUUUUGGCACUUUAAUAAUUUACCUUCACAAAAAAUAUUAUAGGUAAUGAUAAUACAUAAUAAUAGUGGUAAUAUAAAAAGGAAAUAUUUAUAUUUUAUUUUUAAAUCUAACUGAAUGAGAAUCAAAAAAUCAUGUCAUACAGUAGGAACUUUACACAUUGUAGUGACUGACACAUUUAUUUUGAGCUUUUUUCUGCCAUACUCUGACUCAAAUUUUUUGUAACAAUUGACACAUUUUUUACGAGGAGAAUUUUUUUUUUUCUAAAAUAUAAUUGUUUGAAAUUUGUAGUGCUUGGAGAUUCAGGUUUUUUAAUUAAAUGAAGUAUUAUUUGUUCCUUGAAUUCUGUAAUUUUAAUUUUUUUAUUAUUGACUGUACAAAAUAGUGAUAAGACAUUAGUCAGACAAGUACCAAGCAAAAUAUCAAAAGCAAUUUUGCGGUACCAUUUCAAACUUCUUUUCAAAGGUGUAGAAUGAUGUCAUUUGGUCACUUCUGUUAAUAAAACUUUUCCCCUGAUUAUAUUCAAUGACCAUGUCAGGUUUAUUAAUGGUUUGAUUUCUUUUGGUUAUUACUGUGGUUUUAUCAACGUUUUGUACUCAACAUUAGGAGAUCCCUUUUGUCUUUCCAUUUGAACAUAACUACAUUAGUAUAACUUUGUUGUGCAAUAAUUUUACGUUUUUUAAUUUUUUUGUUUGUGAUAUCUUUUGGAUUGCCAUUUCUGUUUGCACGUAAAGUACCUACAAUAUGAGUUUAUGCUCAUUUAAUUUGUGAGCUAAGGUUACACUUGUGUACCAAUUAUCUACAAAUAUAAUUCGUCCAAAAUUUAAAUAUGGUCUCAUAAGUUCUAACACAACUUUAGUUGAUACUGCAGUUUCUGCCACCAUUUCUUUAUCAGCAUAAAUUUUGUAUUGACAAGUAUAAUAAUCAUCUGCACACAAUUUAAAUAUUUUGAUCCCAUAAUUAUGUUUUUAUUUUUCAAAUAUUGGCGAAAUUUAAUAAUAUUUAUUGCUAAAUGGAGCAUUUUGUUCUGUGGAUAACAGAGAAUCUGAUAGUGUGUUAUUUUGACGGUUCCUGAGGUCCCACGAAUCGACAAAGACAACAUAGCCUUGAGGGACAAAUUGACCCCUCAUGGCCCACUUAUAAAUACUACUGAGGGACAAAAAUGACCCUCGUGGCAGUCAACGUGUUGUUAAAAAUCAAAUGUAUGCCUAAAUAAUUGCCUGGUUAAUAUGCAAAAUACUAAAUAGAUGUUUAACACUAAAAUAAAUUUUAUAUGGUAUAUUUAUGUACCAAAUUGUAUGGUUCAUGUUUGAUUUAUUUCCUUCGCAUAAUAAUUAAUAGUACUUUUGUUUUUAAUGCAUUUUUAAUAUUUAUUUAUUUUUGAAGUUUUUUUAUUUUUUUAUGAUUCUAAAACUAAAUCUUAAUAUUAUAUUGUAAAAGUAAACUCUUAAUUUUAUAACCUCACUGACCCAAACACAUUUUACCUAACCUGCCAUUUGCGCUGUCAUUAACAUUAAUCUAGAAAUACUUAUUUUUAAUGAAAUUAAUCAUUGUUUGAUAAAAAAAAGUUAAACUACUAUUAAAAGUUUUAAGGAAUAUAUAAUCAUGUCUAUAGUGUAAAAAUGAAAUACAUUUUAAAUAUAUUUCUAAACAGUGUCUAAAGUUAUUUUAAAAUAAUAAUAAAUUGUAUUAUGAAUAUGUUUUUAGUUCCUCAGCCUCAAGCUUAUCAAGUUAUGCAACCUCAAAUGCCACCAAAUCCAUUUUUGGGUGCUGCUAGAGGUAUGAUGCAACCACCAUUACCACAAGGACCAGUACGUAUAGAAAAAUUAUUUUCAUUUUGUUUACUCUUUAUUAUUACCAAUUUGUAUUACUAUUAUGUUUAGCCUGGAAUGAAGCACACAAUGGAAUUGCCUCCUGAAGAUGAACCACUUAUGAAAAAAAUGAAAACUGAAGAAUCAUUAGAGCCAGAAAUACAGUUCAUGAUGAAGUUUAAUGUUAAUAUGUCUACCAUUUAUUACAUAUAUAUAUAUAAAUAUAUUUAUUUUUUUUUGGCACAUAAGCUUAAAUGUUAUAACAUUUUAGGGUCCAGUUUUAUUCAAUGUGGCGACACCAGUUCUUACUGACAAACCAGAAUGGUCUCUUAAUGGACAACUAUUGAAUAUAACAUUAUCAUUACAAGAUACAGUGGCUAUAAUUAAAACAAAAAUUCACGAGUUGACCGGAAUGCCACCCGGCAAACAAAAGUUGCAAUGCGAUGUAUGUUAAUUAAUCUCAACUUAAAAAUAACAAAUUUAUUUUAUUAUAAUUUAUUUUAUUUUAGGGAUUGUUCUUCAAAGAUUCAAAUACGUUAGCUUAUUAUAAUAUAGGACCAGGUUCAACCAUUCAUUUACAAUUAAAAGAACGUGGUGGUCGUAAAAAAUAAUCUAUAGAAAUUUAAAGGUUUUUAAAUAUUUGUAUGCAUUAUGUUUAACGUAUAUAAAUAUAUUUAUUUUAUAAAAUAAAAAUUGUAUUUUUAAUACAUGUGAAUUAAUUUUGUUCUCAAGUGAAAUAAAAUAUUUUAUUUUUCAGUUUCAGAUGUCAACUCUUUUAUUAUUUUAUUGUAUCGCUCGACCAUUGGAGUGUAAAUCUAAAAAUAAUAACAAUAAAUUAUUAAUUUAACUUGUGUACAUAUGUGUUCUAAUAUAAAUACUUACUGCAAAUGCGUCUUUGUGAGGCGAACAUGCUAAUUUGGGUGGAGCAACCAUGCUCACCACAGACUGAAAUGAAUCAUCACAAUCAGUAUUCCUGCUUCGCACAAGGCCAUGUUUUGCUUGAUAAGCUGCUCCCAGAACUGCAGAAUUGACAGCUUCCUAUAAUUACUACAUUCAUUAAAAUUAAAAUAUCCACACAGAAUAGAAUAAUUUAUUAAUAUACAAACUUGUGUAUAAACUGGUGCAUUAAAAACAUCAGAUAAUAUUUGCAAUAUUGUGUUGUUGGUCGAAGCACCUCCAGUAGCUAUGAUCCUCGUCUUAGUAUCUAUAAAAUGAUAACAAUAUUAAAGUUAAUAUAUUAAUACUUGGUUUAAUAUUCAAAUGUAAAAUUUAAACACCUAUGUUGUAUCCUAAAAAUUCGGCGUGUGCUCUUUUAGCAAUAAACUGUCCCUCGAUCAAUGCUUUGAUUUCGAUUUCUCGACUGGGAAAUCUAUCCAUAAGAGUAUCAUUUUUAUCAAAACGAUAGUCUCCGUGAAUCCACGGAAUGAUUUCUUGCUCGUCAUAAUAUAAACCUAAAUAUCCAAAAUUUCCUCUGGGUGUCCUUUCCAAUAGAGUAUUGAAAUCAUCCCACGAUUCAUUGGCAUAAUGGUUUCUCAAUCUUUCGCGUGUCAACGAGCCAUUUUUGAAACUUUAUGACCACAUUGAACAUAAAUGUUUACUACAAUAAAUAAUUAUUAAAGCUAAUAUGAAUUAAUAAUAAUUACCACAAUAGCACCAUGUAAGCAUCUUCAUUUAUCGGACUGACUAGAACGUGUCCCUCGGUAAGACACCUAGGUUCAUCAAGUGAUAAAAACAGUGUAUCACUAGUACCUAGACUUAUUGCUAUGUCAUUUUUGCUUAGGCAUAGUCCAGCUAAGGAUGCUGGAUUAUCACCAGUAAAAGACACGACUCUGCAUUCUGAAUUGAAUCCAAACCUCUCCACAUAAUAGUUAUUAAUUGGACCUAAAUCUGUACCUGGCGGCACAGUUUGUCCUAAUCUGGAUUCCAGGCCUGGCGCACACGCCUAAAUUUAACAUAAAACUUUAGCAACAUUUCUAGUUAACCAAUGAUAUGAUUAACUACAAAUUACUUCUAAACAUUUAUUAGACCAUUUCUUUGUUCUUAUGUCCAAUAAAUUCAUUCCCGAACCGUCUGACCAGUCAAUUGGAGCAUAAGCGCCGAGAAACAACGAACAACCAAAACUGCUCACCAGCGAAAUUCUCUAAAAUUAUAAUUAAAAACGAUUUAUUAAAUUCGCUUUUUCGGUCAUUUGAAUACUGAGAUAAUAAUAUUUAUUGUCUAACUUCUGUGUUCUGAUAGGCUCCUGGUCUGUUUUCUGCCAUUUUGGCAAUCUGUGGUCCAGAAAAUCUCUCGUAUGCCUUUGACCCGGUCAAAUCAGCUAAUUGCUAAU